AGACACACAGUGCUAUUUCCGGGCUGACGGGACAUAAACAAGGGCAAGUAGUGAGACCCAGGUUGGGGACUGGGGAAAUGCUGCAAUUGUGGGAAAAUGCAGCUUCAAUUCAGACAUUUUCUUCAUGGAGAUUUCUUGUUAAAGAGUAUUUCUAUCAAAUUGACUCAGCUCAAGGCGUACAGCAUAAUUUUAUUUUAAAAAUCAUCAGGAAAUCUUGGUGGGGAAGAAAACUUGUAAAGGCAGUCCAUGUGGAAGACCCUUGGGAAACCUGUCGAAGUUGAAUGAGCAUGGUAAAGAUACCAGCCAGAGCGUAUACCUCUCUACACAUGAGAUAAUUAACAUAGGAGAGAAAUUCUGUGGAUGUAAAGAAAGUGGAGAUUUUUUUAUCUAUAGCUCACCCCUUUCUCAGGUCAUGAGAACUCCUACUAAGGAGAAAUCCUAUGAAUGUAAUGAAUGUGGGAAAGCCUUUAAGAAACUUUCAUCUCUUUCUUACCAUCUGAGAAAUCACGGUAGAGAGAAAGCCUAUGAAUGUAAUGAAUGUGGGAAGUUUUUCUGGCAGAGCCUACACUUCAUUUUACACCGGAGAACUCACACUGGUGAGAAACCUUACGAGUGUAAUAAAUGUGGAAAGUCUUUUAGCCAAAAUUCUCACCUUAAUGUACACCAGAAAAUUCAUACUGGAGAGAAACCCUAUAAAUGUGAUGACUGUGGAAAAUCCUUCAGUGGACGGUCUAAUGUCAGUGUGCAUAAGAGAACACAUACUGGAGAAAAACCCUAUAAAUGUAAUGAAUGUGGGAAAGCCCUUAGCGACUGCUCCUUCGAUACACAACGUGAAAGGAUGCACACUGGAGAGAAACUGUACGAAUGUGAUGAAUGCGGAAAAGCCUUUGGUCACAGCUCUCACCUUACAGUUUACAAGAGAAUCCAUACUGGUGAGAAGCCAUAUAAAUGUAACGGAUGUGGGAAAACUUUCAGUUUUCAUUUAUCCUUCACUCAACAUAAGAGAAUGCACACUGGAGAGAAACCAUAUAAAUGUCAUCAAUGCGGGAAGGCUUUUAAUCAAGGUUCUGAUUUUAUUGGGCACUAAAAAACUCAUAUGAGGGAGAAAAAAAAUACAUAUUUCAUUUUAAUAUAUAAAAACUGUACACAUACAUUUAAAUUUUGUGGGUUUUUUGGUGCAUUCCCAGAGAAGGGUUGAACCUACGUGGCAUUUGAUACCUAGGAAAAAUUUUUUAGUUAGUGAGAUCAAAAGUCUCUUUAGUAAUACUAACUAAUGUGAUUACCCAGUGUGGGAAGGGCUAUUGCUCAGAAGUCAAAACAGGUUGAGGAUAUUUGGCUGAAUGACUGAUGUACUGUCCCAAAGAGCCAGAGUGCCAUUAGUUGCUUCCUUGUUCCCCCAAUGCUAGAAAAUUGGGCUGCUUCUAAUUUGUUUCAGGAAUUCAUUAUAAACUGUAAUUAUGAACACUGUGUAGAAACAUGGAAAAUGCCUAGAAUACAGUUGACCCUUGAACAACACAGUUUUGAACUGUGCAAUUCCACUUACAUGUGGAUUUUUUUCAAUAAAUA